GGCUUGCUUCGGAGCCGCUGCGCGUCGACGGAUGAGCCUAGACUACGCGCAACUGGUGGCGGGUUCCUCCUCCUCCUCUUCCUCCUCCUCCUCCUCCUCCGGGAGGGGACCUUCCUAUCUCGCAUGCCGGGCGGCAGAGGAGGCAGCAGCAGCACCUCUUCUAUCCAAGCACCAAGGCCGAGAGGAGGAAGUUGGGAGCGGCAGACCUCGGGGGGCAACGGCUUUGCCGCCGCCGCCGCCCAACAUGCGGGCGUCUCCCCAGUUGCCUCGCUGUGGGCGCCAGACGAGAGGCGGGCAGCAGCCGAAGCGGCGCGUGUGAGCGAGCGGGGAGCUCCUCUCCUCUCACAAGGAUGCUGGGGGACGAUGCCUCGUGGCAGGGAGGACGAGAUUUGCCGGAAAGCGCUGAAGCUGCUGGUCGAGCUCUGCUCCGAGGGGACGGUCGAGAACGACAGGUGCCUGGAGUUCAACUACUACCUGCGGGACAGCGGCAGACCCCGGCCGGCCGACGCAGAUAUCACAGUAAGUUUGCUGUCCUUGGUGGUCACCGCAUGUGGACUUGCUUUGUUUGGGGUAUCUCUGUUUGUGUCCUGGAAGCUUUGUUGGGUUCCAUGGCGAGAGCGUGGCCUGCUAGGCAACAAAGACAAGCAGGAAUCCUUCAACUACACAGACACAGAGACCAAUGACCAAGACUAUAGUGAGGAAUUCCUGGGACAGCCGACUACCUACCCUGACUCUUCCAUGAAAAUUAGCCACACUUCUCCAGACAUUCCAUUGGAUGCUAAGGCAGGGACCAAGGAGAACUGCAUGCACAAUGUUCGGAUGCAUCGACAAAUCACAGAGCCAACACCUUCUGCUCGGCACAAUUCAAUACGAAGACAGCUCAAUCUCUCAAAUCCUGACUUCAACAUCCAACAGAUCCAGAAGCAGGAACAGCUGACAGGCAUUGGACGCAUCAAGCCAGAGUUGUAUAAGCAAAGAUCGGUAGACACAGAUGAUGGUCGGAGAAAAAAUAGCAAGUCUUGUGGGAAAAUCAAUUUUAUUGUAAAAUAUGAUUGUGACUUAGAACAACUUAUAGUGAAGAUUCACAAAGCUGUCAGCCUGCCAGCAAAGGAUUUUUCUGGAACUUCAGACCCUUAUGUCAAGAUCUACUUACUUCCAGAUAGGAAAACAAAACAUCAGACUAAAGUACAUAGAAAAACUCUUAACCCAGUAUUUGAUGAAGUUUUUUUAUUUCCUGUUCCUUACAAAGAUUUGAGUUCAAGAAAACUUCAUUUUUCUGUCUAUGACUUUGACCGCUUCUCCAGGCAUGACUUGAUUGGCCAAGUGAUAGUGGAUAAUUUUUUAGAGUUAUCCGACUUUCCUAGGGAAUGUAAUAUUUGGAAGGAUAUUGAAUAUGUCACAAAUGACAAAGUGGAUCUUGGCGAGUUGAUGUUUUCGCUUUGCUAUCUUCCAACAGCUGGCAGACUAACCAUAACUAUAAUAAAAGCAAGAAAUUUAAAAGCAAUGGACAUAACAGGAGCAUCAGAUCCAUAUGUGAAGGUGUCACUAAUGUGUGAAGGGAGACGAUUAAAGAAAAGGAAGACUUCUAUCAAGCGAAACACCCUCAAUCCUGUUUACAAUGAAGCCAUAGUCUUUGAUGUCCCUCCAGAAAGCAUUGAUCAGAUUCACUUGUCUAUAGCCGUUAUGGAUUAUGACCGUGUAGGUCACAAUGAAGUAAUUGGAGUCUGUCAAGUAGGCAACGAAGCAGAAAGUCUUGGGCGAGACCAUUGGAAUGAAAUGCUCUCCUACCCUCGAAAACCCAUUGCACGCUGGUAUCCGCUUGUGGAGGGCCCUAUUGAGCAGAAAUGUUCUGCAGGCCUUCUGCGCAUUGAUGGCUGCCGAAGAGGCUUCUUCACUCUUUUAACCUAUUCAGCAGAAAUUUGGCAUUCCUGUUGAACCCUUUCUUAGCCACUUUCUCAGGGGCCAUUCUGCAGAGAGUCCAAAGGGGUUAAGGCAUUCCUUAAUUCCAUUAUCUGAUUGUCGCCUUUACCCCAACCCCAGGAUUUAUAAAUUCCAACCCUUAGAAUGCAAAACUUUUAUUAGUAACAAAGAUGCUCCUGAAGCUUUCUACAGUUUUCAUUCUAACACAGUUACCUGUGUCUAUCAGGAACACCCUUCUAUUGUUACUGAUGGGCUUUCAAGUAAAUUACAUAAUAAGUCACAUUGUCCCAGUCAAGAGGAAAAUCCUAUUUUUAUUAUGGAUAUUAUCAUAAAUACAAUCUUGCCCAUCCUGAAUUACCAUGCAAUAAGUGUUCUAGAAGUUUCCACAAACCGAACUCUAACUCCUUUCAAUAAUCAAGGUGAAUUGCCUGCCCGUAGCCAUACAAAAAACUCAGAAAAUAAGACUAGAUUUAUAAAGUUUCCUUUGAGUCAAGAUUGAAAUGUCCUUGUAGCUUUCUUGGUGGCAGCAUGGAUAGUUAUAAUUAUAUUGUAAUUUAUAUACAAUACAAAAUUAUAAUUAAUUGUAACAACUGUUAAGGGUCGUUGCAUGGUCAGCCAGAUGGUUAGACUGUAAAGCAAGGGAAGGGGUAUUUUCCUAUAUUUUUUCUGAUUUUUUUCCUCAUUGAAAAAUUGGGAAUAAGAGUUUACAGUCAUAAACAUAGUUAGUAUUGUAUUCUAAAAGCACCCACUAAAUAUCUAUACAGUGAGAAGCCUUUCUCCAGUAUCAUUAAAGUUAUUAUCUUGCCACCUUUCCCAAAGCGAAGGAAGGAUUUAAUACCUUCUUUAUAUGUUGCCUUUCUUGUUCACUUUUAUAGAGGUUGGGAAUUUGGCCCUUUCCAUCUACCGUAGGGAAAGUAAUGGAGUAAGCAGCAAAUCAUUUAUUUUUCUAGAAAUAGAAGCUACAAGCUUGUUAUCUGGCCUCUUAAAAUUUUUUUUGCCCCUGCUAUUUUUUUCUAGUUACAUAGUACGUAUAACCUAGGUUAGCUCAAAUAAGCUGGUCUCCCAAAUCUUGCAUCUCAAGAUUUCUGGAGUAGCUAUGGGCCUGAUGAGAACAAAGCAAGUAUAAAGAUUUUGAACUCUUUUUCUGGUCCUUUGAGAUGAUUGCCCUCCAGGUGAACAGAGCAGCACAGAGGAACUAUAUAGCAAUGUUUACCUCUUUACUAAAAGACAAGAGUUCCGAAUUCUCUAUAUUAAACUCUAUUUUAAGUAUAGGACUAUAUUUUUGUAAAUUAUAAAUUGAAAUCAUAAAUUAUAGUUACAUUCCUACUAAAUAGAUAUUUUGUGACAAAAGCACCCACCAAAUAUGCUUUUAAAUUUACAGAUCAAUCACUUUUCAAUGUAAUCCAAAUCAGGCCAUAUGGUAUAAUGUUUUGUUUUCAAAGUAACAAAUUGAUUAUACAUCUGUAAAACUUACUUUAAGAAAAAGAUUUAUUCAUUCUCUACCCAACCAUCUACAAACUAAAAUGUAUUUUCCUCUAGUUUCAAACAUUUCACAAACCUUUCAAUUUUUAUUGAGGACUAUGAAUAAUUACAUGAAACAAUUUUAAAUGUAUCUCAUCAUAGACAGGAAGUUUGUAGAUUUUGUGGAAUGCUUCAAAUCAUGUUUAGAUAAACCAUGACAAUACAAAACAAAUAUUAUUUAGAGAGGCAUAAUUGAAGAAAUAACAACAUAUAGUAAACCAUCCCUUACAGUUUUCACAAAUCUUCUGCAAAGAAACUUAUAAACUUUGUUCUUUCAUUAGAUAUUUGUUGGAACAAAAGAAAAAAGGUUUGAUUAUAUGUAGCUGUUAUCACUGUCUUUUGUUUGGUUGACUGGUUGGUUGAACUUCCAUUUUUCAUUGUAACAUUGCCUUAAAGGGUUGAAAAAUCUGAUGUUCAAACCCUCAUCCUAGGGGAAAGGUCAAUUAAUUCAGCUAGUAGAUUUUGAAGAAAAUGCUGCUACUUAGCAGAUAUUCCCUGCAGCCUACAACAAAUCUCUUAAGCACUUUUUUUACACUGUACUGUAUGCAAGAUUACUGUCAAUCAAAAAGUGGAAUGACUGAUGAGUUCCUAAUGGAAAAUGAGUCUUCCCCAAUCUGAUAUCUUUCAGACACAUUGAAAAUUCUUCAACCAGCAUGGCCAUUAUGGGAAUUGAGGACCUGGAUUAGGGAAGCUGAUGUAGACCAAGACAUCUUGAUUACAGUAUUAUUAUUAUUUUUUUAAAUAUUCUGGAGUUAUGUGGUUUGGUUAAUCAGAUUUGUAAACCAGUGUUGAGAAAGUCUGAUAUCACCGAUUCAUGCCAUCACAUGCAUAACAAAGAAAAGAAUCAAAAGAAAUGCGACAUUGCAAAGAGUUCUGCUCCCGAGGAUACAGUCUCAUCCCUAAAGAUCAUAGGCUAAAUAUCCCAUUUUUUGGUUCCAUGUUAAGUUCUCAGUUAACAAAUCAAUUUUGUAGAAUAAAUGAUCUCCAGACCUGUACAUGCAUGUCUGCACAAAGACAGGCUAUUCACCUCCUAAAGAUUUGGGUGUAAUCAGCCAUUUAAAACUCUGCUAUAUUUUCCAGAUGCCUCUGUAAGUGAUUGUGGAUGCUUAUUUGUCAAUCAAAUUUAUAUAGUUCCCCCUCUCAGAAAUGUGAUUCUGGGUGGUACACAAAAAACAGUUAAAAACAUUUGUAAGAAGCCAUUAAAAAUGAUUAAACAUAAAUAUAAAAAUUGUAAGAGAAUAGGCCAACAUUCUAUAUAAAUAUAACACGUUGCACAGUUCCUGUUUUCCCAAGGCUGCUGGGGAAAAAAUCAUAUUUUAAGAGAUUUCUGGGAGGCAUCUAUCUGAAUGACUUAAUGUUCUGAGUGAUAUAAUGUUCCAAAGCCACAACAGAGAUGGCACCAUAAUAGACAGUAUCCUUUAAAUACUUUGCCUGGUGACUUGAUGGAGUGGAUAGGUAUAACCAGGGAGAAGCAGUCCCACAAACAAUCUGUUCCAAUGCCAUGUUAUGGUUAUAUACAUAGACAGACACACAUACUGUACACAUCUGUAUUGAUGCUGCCAUCUCCUUGCUGUACCGCAUCAUGCAUGUCUGUGUUGCCGUCUGGUAACUAUGGUACAGUUUUUGAAGACUGAGUACAUCUAAACCUUCUGGAAAGGUCUUAUGAUUUGGGUAUAUCUAAACUUUCCAUAUCAGGUUUAUAGGAACACAUGGAAUCUAGCUUGAUUACUUUAAUGUGGAAACUUAGAACUGGAAGUGCCAUAAUUCUUCUGAAGGUGUUUUGCAGCAAGUAUUAUCCAAAUUACUCCAUUUAAAUCUCCAAACAAAUUGGUUGAACCUAUAAAAAUCCAGAGAGAGAGAGAGAGAGAGAGAGAGAGAGAGAGAAAUAUAUAGGAAAAUGAAACAAAAGGAACAAAAAAGGACUUUUGAGCAGUUUGCUUGAUUCUUUCAUUUUUCUAUAAUCCUAGGUUAACAUAACUAUAUAUACUAUAUAAUUAUAUAUAGUAAAACCACAAUUUAACUGGUCUUGAUUUAAUUAUGCAGAUAACACAUACUUGGAUUUAAUGUACUCUCUUUCAUCCAGGAUAGCUUCAUUAAAUUGAGCAUUUUACUGUAUAUUCUCUUUGUUCUACUAAAAUUGGUUUAAAAGAAAAAUAUGGAUUAGACAUGCUUCCAAUUAAACUAACCAAGCAUAAUAGUGGUUAAAAACAAUGAAACAAGAAACCUUAUAAAGAAUUGUUACUUCUAGCCCUCUUUUUUUGAAUCAGAGAAUAAAGUAGUUUCCUAGCAAUUACAAUGAAAUAAGUUUUAAUUUGGUACUUUGUCAUUUGGGAGAGAACUACCUGAAUGACACAUAAUGAAAUACCAUAUAAUAUAAAUGCAAACAAAACAAAUCUUUUAAUAGUACCUUCAAAUUAAAUAUAUGCAUUUCGUGAUCAUGUAGCUUUGUUGUAUCUCUCAAGUUCUUUAGAUGUGCAUCCCAGUCUUGAAGUUUUUAAUAUCUUCUGACAUUGACUUAGUUGCUACAUGUGGAACUCCCACAUAAAUCUCAGAUGUAGGAAUGUGAGGAGUUUGUGCUACUUGAAAGAUACAGCACAGUGUAUGAAGCAUUACCGAAGAAGAUACCUAUCAAGCUAAUGAGUUACUCUCCAUGAUAAUUAUCACCCUCAGCAAAUAUUAUUGCCUUAAAUUCAAAUAGCUGUCAGUAGAAACAGACUAACAAGGAGCUGGAUUUAGACUUGAUGUUCUGCAAGAAAUAAGUUCAUUUGUGCUAAAGAUUUAAAGCCACUCAUAGGGAUCAUAAUCCCAAUGAUGCCAAAAGGACAAAAUGGGCACUGCAACAUUAUAAUUCAAGCUCUGACCUUUUAUUCUCGCAUUGCAACAUUGCACACAUACAUAUUGGGGCAGAAGCUUGUAGGAAGUUCUGGCGUACAUUUGGUUACUCCCCAAGGUUGCCUGUAAUGCCUCUGGAGAUUCCUAAUGACAGAAGAGGCGAUUUUUGUUCAUUGAAUAAUAUUACUUCUAAUCUAUUCUUUAAAAAGAAAUGAUGAAUUUCAGUUCUUUACUGUCAUCUUUUCAGAUUCAUAUUUGGUCAUCAAUCCCUUCCAAAAAUAAUAAUAAUAAAAUAUGGAAACUGGCAGUAAUAGAAAUACACUAUAUACAUUCCUUUAAAAUUCAAAUUAUACCAUUAGAGAGGUGUCCAGUAAGUAUUAUUUCAAAUAGCACUUGUAGGAAAGUAAAACAAAAUAAUUCUAAAUUAGGGGAAUAGUUUAAGAAUGAAGAAAUUAGUGGAAAACCUAUUUUAGGGACAUUUUUCCUCUUUGUGGUUAUUUUAGUAAUACAACAUGUCCCCAUUCUUGAUGUUACAGCAAAAAGAUGGGAAGCCCUUUUUUUAAAAAAAGAAUUUGUUCAAAACAAACUGAAUUAUCCUUGAUUUAUCACAGCAUUAUUUCAUUCUGAUAGAGCAACUUACUAUAAAAUUAUUGAACCUAUGAACAAAUAAAGGCAUCUGAUCUGAAUGAAAUUGUAAUGGAAAAAUGAUUAUAUCAUAAAGUCCAUUUUUACAAGGUAGCUUGUCCUAUUAUUAUUUUUUAAAAAUAUAUUAACACAAGAGAGGAAGACCCUAAGAUCUAUUUUGUUUUGAUUCCCACUGUCAUUAAACAUUGUUCAUCAAUGUGGAAAUCAGCAUCAUUCUCUGAAAAGCUAAUAAACUGUGGCUAACAGAUAUAAAUUCAACUGUGCACAUCAUUAUGUUCAAGCACUGCAUUAAGAGAUGGCUUCUAAUGCAGUGGGUUGGACAAGGAACAGUGGCUGAAAGUACAUCCGUGAACUGCAAAUUCUUUCCAAGGGCCUCAGUCACCCUGAAAUAAAAUUGUAUAAAGUAAAAAACAUUAUGAUGGGACCCCAUUCGGAAAGGAUAACAACACGGAUGAUCACCUCAACAUCUAAAUGAGCUAACUUAACUUGUUAUUGUUCAGGCUUUUCAAGAAGAUGGACUGUAUAACAUUUGGAUUCUCGUGUUUCUUUCCCAGUGUUUUCUUUUCCUGUUUUUCUUUGAUCAAAACAGAGUGACUACAGGUGACCAUUUAUCAUACGGAAAUGUGUUCCCAUUGUGUUUGUAGUCAUUUGAGAAGCGGGUGGUCUUUUAUCACGCUGCAAAUAAUAAUAAUUGUACUGCUCAGCAAGCUUUGAUCAGAACCCUCUAGAGAGUUUGGAGGGAGGAACAGCUGAAACAGUUUACCCGAUGAUUGCAAGCACAUGGUUUGGUAUCUGCACUUCUCAUAAAUAGUCCACUGUAUACACUCAUUAUUUGGAAUGUUUUAUUCAGUUGCAUGCUGGAUACUCAUCCUUCAUUUUUAUUUACUAUCUGUCUCCAAAGGUACAUAAGCAGAGGUCCUGUUAUUUUUAAUAUGACUUUGCUUUUAUGACAUACUGACAUUGUAUUAUACUUUGAUCUUUGCUGUUCUGUUAGUAGUCUUUGUACAUCUGUGUUUAAUGUCUAAUUUUGGAGCAUAAAGUUACAUCCUUGUCAGGGCUUUGUCAACUUUGUGGACUUUAUUUCUCUUUGUUCAGUAAAAGUAAUGCAUGAUUCAUUUGCUGUAACAAUUUGAGGGAUGAAAAUUACAUUUCUUAAUUUUAUAAAAAGUAUAACGUUCUUAUAAAUACAAUGAAAAUGUAUGGUGAUUUUAUUUAUAUAGCUCUAGUCUGUAUAAGCAAUUCUGUUCUUAAUAAAAAUGAUGUUGUGCCAUUGUAA